GUGAGAGGUAAAAGGUUAACGCGUGGUUUUGGAUGAACAAGCGGGCUGCAAAACAGUGAAGUACACUAGCCGUUGGUCCAAUUUUUCUACAACGAAUCAAUUUUCAUAUAAAUAAUUUAGAUACUCUUUUGUCGCAUUUGUCAGGUAGUAAAAUUCGCCGUUUAACACACUUCAACCGUUUUAGAUACCAGCUGGUGGCAGUUCACCCCCGGAGAAUUUGCUAAGCUAACUUUACGUUUUCGCGGUUUUGCAGUUGCUCAGAUUCAUAUCUGGGCACGUUUUCUGACACAAAUCUGUUAAUAUAUCUAGGAUUAACUGGUUAAAUCAGUUGAGUGUGUAAUGGCUGAAAGACCCGAGGACCUCAAUCUCCCCAAUGCUGUCAUCACAAGGAUUAUAAAGGAGGCUUUGCCAGAAGGUGUAAAUGUGUCCAAGGAGGCAAGGCGAGCAAUAUCUCAAGCAGCAAGUGUUUUCGUCCUCUACGCCACAUCUUGUGCCAACAGUUUUGCUAUGAAAGCCAAGAGGAAGACACUCAACGCUGGAGAUGUGAUGUCCGCUAUGGAGGAGAUGGAGUUUGAGCGUUUCUUGCAGCCACUGCGGGAAGCUCUUGAAGCUUAUAAGAAAGGUCAGAAAGGCAAGAAGGAGGCAUCGGAGCAAAAACGCAAGGACAAGGAGAAGAAAGGUACAGAUGAGAACGACAAGAGUAGGGAUGAAGAGGAAGAUGAGCACAUGGAUGAUGAACAGGAUGGGGAAAAUGAAGCGGAGGAAGAAGAUGUGGAGAAUUGAUAAGAGACCUUAUUUUCUUUGUCUGGGUUCCACUUUUAUAGUGUGGACAGGGACAAGCCUAUGGUACCGUUUUACCUUAUGCAACUGAAUAUCUGAGGCUGUAUUACAGGGAGCUGUUGUUCAAGGCAAACUGGACAUUAAUUCAGUUAGAUCAGAAUUCAUAGAUUAUUGUAAGUAAAUAAACACUGUUACUUGGGUCAAGAGCUGAAGUAGGAAAUAAAUAGUGAGCAGCUUGAAGAACCGGGGAAGCAUUUUUGUAAGGAUUUCAGUAAGUGUAAAAUCUUUAUAGGGUGCUGUUUUCGUUGGUUUUCUGAUUGGGCUGUUCAACACACCUAAAUUUAGAUACUUUUGUACUUGUCUUUGUACCGCUCAUAUGUACCCCCCCCCCCAUUAAAGUUUGUGUUAAUAAUUGUGAUUAAUUUAAAUGCUACCCUGCACAAACACCUGAACUAUAGAACCCAUUAAUUGUUGCAAAUAUCAAAGAUUUUUGCACAUCAGUUGUUAAACGUCACCUCAAAAGGGCCUUCUCAGCUGACAUUUUCUCCAAUUUCCAAAUUUAACACUGUUUUUUGAUUUUCAAAAACAUUGUUAGCCUAAUAAAAUUUACAUUGAUUGAAACUGUAGUCACUUUUGGGAAAAGCACCCUGACUAGAAUCUUAAUAUUAAUAAUAUCUUAAAUAUUAAGAGCUUCUGUGGUGAACACCAUAGUGAAUUUUACACAAGCCUUGAGGGAGAUAGUCUAAUGCUACAUCCCAAUUCACAUCUCUCCUUAUCAGUACUUGAAAAUAGAAUUAGUAUGUCCCAAAUCGUAGUGUGUUGAAAAAGUGUAUGCCAAAGUUUCCUGGAUGGUCUGCCAUUUCUGGUUAAAAAAAUAAAUAAGUGUAGAACAGUCCAUACUCCAACCCUGACACAUUGUACGUAAAUAUGAUUAGAACUACAAACGUGGGUAAAAAAAAAAGUUAAUAAAAUUACAAACAUAUG